AUGCAGAGGGACGGAUUCCGGUCGGCGGAUGAUGCGAUGAUGACGUACAACUAUUAUAACCCGCCAAAGUGCGACGCUAUGCAAGUUCUAGUCGACGUGCCCACCGACUGGCCACCGUGGAGGUACUUGGGCUGGUGGAGGCUCACCCGUCGACCAUCUAAGGUUGCCUCUGGUCUACUGCUUCGAUCUGACGCCAUCUGA